UCGUGAGUGUCACGCCAGAUGCGUGAGAGCUGGCAGCCCUGUGAAUAAGUAAAAUACACAGUUCAGUUCAGCAAGCCAUACAAAGGCAGUCUAGGGCUUAUCCUUCGCUCGUCUCUCCUUGUAUUCAUUCUCGGUAUCGUUUAAAGAGAAACUAAACGUCAUUUAGAGACGGGAAUGACCUAUUUCAGAUCGCCUUUACGUUUUAUAUCUUUAUUCUGGUGCAAAUGUCAAUCACCGUCUAAAGACAGGAAUUACAUCACGGUAAAUGAACUUGUGAACCGGACGCCGCACGAUGUUAUGCGGAAGAGUCUUUGUGGAAACGCGCUUGUACAUAGUUUCUGCCGACAUUUUGCGACAUUUUCUCUUACAUUGACAGUUUCCCCCAUGCGUUUGUGUUAAGAUGAGUCUCCCAGAAGGAAGCGAGAGUCCGGCGGGGUCCAUGCCCGACCUGCAGAGUGUCGAUGUGGGGGAGCCUAACUGGGCAGACGGAACUGAGGCACCGCCUUCCAGCUAUGGGUCCAUGAAAAGUGAUGAGAACAGUGUCACUUCCGAAAUCCCAGAGGAGGAAAAGGAGGACCCUGCUGCUGCCGCCUCAAGUGGCGUAGGGUUAAUGCAGUCAUCGGAUCUUGAAGAGGAUGCUGGGAUGCCGAAUUCAGCUACUGAGGAUGCCACCCUGGAGUUGCCAUAUAUAUUUAAGUCAAUCCAAAAGACUCUAAAUAAUCUCAGUGAGAUGAAGUUGCUUCUGUUCAAGAUGUGCCUGCUCAAGCACCACGCUGAGUAUUUUGAGGGUCAUCUGGACAAAAAUGCUGAUAUCCUGGACAUUGUGGACAAGAUGCUGGAACGCUGCGGAAAAGGGGGAGCGCUGAAUGUAACCCUGCGCGUUCUCCAUGACAUCAAGGUGCAUGACUUGGCUGAGGAGCUGGAGAAGAGCUGCAUACGAUUGAGGCUCCAGCAUGACCUGAAAACUUGUCUGAAGAGGCGGUAUGACUGCAUAUUUGAAGGAAUAGCAAGACAAGGAAACCAAAGCUUUCUGAGCUAUGUCUACACUGACAUGCAGAUGGUUUCAGAUAGGAAUGCAGUGAACAGGGAGCAUGAAGUGAGGCAAGAUGAGACUAGCCAUGGAAAUCAAGUACGACAAGGUACUGCAAUCCCGUGCAGUGACAUCUUCAGGUGCUUGCCUGGCCAAUACAAGCCUGUCAGAAAUGUACUUACAACUGGUAUUGCUGGUAUUGGUUUAACAGUCUGUGUGCAGAAGUACAUUCUUGACUGGACAGAAGAGAAACCCAACCAGGAUAUUCACUUUAUCUUCCCUCUUCCAUUUCGGGAGCUGAAUUUAAUUAAGGAAGAUCGCAUCAGUUUGAGGGACCUUAUUUGUAUCUUCUUUCCGGACAUGAAAGAAAUGGAUUUCAUAGAAAAGAAGGACUGUAGAGUCCUUUUCAUCCUUGAUGGCUUGGAUGUCUGUAAACUGCCUCUUAAUUUCCAGGAGAAUGACAAAGUGAGUGAUAUAGAACAGCGGACAACACCACAAGUGUUACUCACAAACCUAAUGCUGGGGAAUCUGCUGCCCUCUGCCCACGUGUGGAUAACUUCCCGGUCUGCGGCAGCCAACCUGAUCCCUUUUGAGUGUGUCCAUUGGUACACGGAGCUGUGUGGAUUUAAUGAUGAUCAGAAGAAGGCUUACUUCACCCAGAAAUUCAAAGAUCCAGCACAGCUCUGUCAAGUUUUGUCACGCGUGACUUCAGCAAGGUCCUUGCAAAUCAUGUGCCAUAUACCGGUGUUCUGUUGGAUUGUGGCCACUGUUUUCGAGCGGAAGUUCGCUGACCCCGACAGAACAGUGAUCACAACACUCACUCAGUUUUAUACACAUUACCUGGUUCUCCAGUUGCACAUGAAGAAUCAGAAGUAUUAUGGGAUGAAGGCAGGUUUGCAACAGUGGCAGGACACAGACCCAGAGUUUGUUCUUAAACUGGCUAAAUUAGCCUUUGAACAACUAGAGAAAGAUAGAUUCGUCUUUCAUGAGGUGGACUUGAGAGAAUAUGGCCUGGGCUUCAGAGAUGUGGUGCUGCACUCUGGGCUCUGCACAGAAAUAUACAAACAGGACUCCUGUCAGGAGAGGGAAUUCUGCUUUGUUCAUCAGACCUUGCAGGAGUACCUUGCAGCACUGCAUGUGCACUACACAUUUUUAAACCGUCACCAAAAUGUACUUGGCCAGCCUUUGAAGAACACCAUCUCAAAGAUCUUUAAACCAGCACCCAUGUGUGACUUGUACAAGACCGCAAUAGAAAGAGCCAUGCAGAGUGGAGAUGGACACCUGGAUCUUUUCCUCCGGUUCCUUUUUGGCCUCUCGGAACACUCCACGCAGGAAAUCUUAAGGGGCCUCCUGAAGCGCAUGGGAGUUGCUCCACCGGUUCCUGAAGAAAUGACCAAUUACAUUGAAAAGCUGAGGAGUGAGAAUAGCAAUCCAGAGAGAUGUGGAAAUCUGGCCCACUGUCUGCGUGAACUGCAGCUCAGCUGAUGUGACACUAAAGCACUGUGACUUCAUGAUACUUUUAUUAUCCACUAAUAACAUACAAACAUACGGCAGUUUACUAUCACUACAGUAAAUAGAUUUGUUAUAAUAAAAGUAAUGUGACACUUUCAGGCUCUCAAACAAGACAUAUUACGGCAAGUCUGUAAACCUAAAAUUAGCUAGCCUAUUUGCAAGGUAAUAAAACUGUUACAUGUAUGUAUGUGUGUGCAGACUUGUCUUGAAUUGAAAAUGUCACACCAGCCAGCUGAGCAAAGCAACCCUAGCAACCCUUGGACAGAUUUAUUGUGUUUUUUAGUGUUAGAAAGUGUACGGUAAAGAGGGAGCGUGCUAACUGUAUACGGUGUAUAAAACUAGAAUGGGUUCGGUGCCCUUCGGAUUAUAAAUGCAGAUAUGUAUAGUGAAGAACAGCGCGGUAUGCCUCCGAGGCAAUAGAGGGCGGUAGUGCGCUAAAUCUGUGUUACAAAUAUUCUACUUUGAAAGGAAGACGCAUUUUUUAAAUCAAAAUCGAUAUGUAUAGUACCUGUGUCUAUCAAACAGCCUUGAAUUUGUGUGAAAAAGGAUUUGGUUGUGUGUAUUCUGGUAAAACAAAAAAAGCAUAUUAAAUAUGAUCCAUUUUUAUUUA